AUGAAACCAGAUUUACGAACUGUUUCACUAAUCAAGGAACAGAAAUCGCAAGGCACAGAUACUAUUAAUUUGCAGAAUCCAAUAAAUUUACAAGUACCCAUUCUCCCUGAAAUAAAUUCUGAUAAUACUCCCAUAAAGAAUAUUUUGUCAUAUACCGAUGUGAACCGGCUAAAGGCUAAGAGCCAACCCGAUAAGGAGGAAGCUAAUAAUUCCGAUCCUAUACAAAUAACUUUUCCAUCUAUUGAAUCCCGCUCUGAUAAAGAAACUUCAAUAUAUAAAAUGAUUUUAUCUAAAGAAGAAAAGCAUGUGACUGAAAUUUCAGCGAACCAAGUUUGCUCAAAUAAUGAGACUUCAAUAACUCCAUCUAUUCCAGCUAUGCCCCAGUUACUAGGAUUCAAAAGCAUGCAUAAAGGUUUUAUGGUCAGUAAUAAAGUUGGGGAAAAGAAGGCAAAAGAUAGUUCUUCAGAUGAUUUAUUCGAAACUGAGGUAAGUAUACCUACUGAAUCAAUUCCUUUAGAUUUAUCCCAAGAAAAUAAUCAAGAUUCGGAAUUACCAGAAGUUGAGAUAAGUAUAACUACUGAAACUGAGAUACUGUUACGCAGACAAACAUCUCUGAUUAUUUGGAGUUUUAACUUGGAUCCCUCUAACAAUAGUGGGAAUAAUGAUGAUUAUAUGGGCGCGAUGUAUUCUGAUGAAGAUGAUGAAG